AAUCGGUGUCUCCUUUCUGUUUCUAUCAACUUUCUUGGUGGCUCCAGAACUGUCGUGUCUUCCGUCAUCAAGACAACAUGAGGUCCUCUACUCUAUCCGUCCUAUUAAUGGCCAUUGUCUGCUGUUUCCUUCUCUUCGAAGUUGCUCAAUGCGAAGACAGCAAUGCUGCAGCUGAGUUUGACAGUCCCGACUUCCUCAUGGACAAGAAAGCGGUCAGAGGCUACAUCAAAAGGGCGGACAACAAAGCGAAGGCAGCACAUGAUAUCCACGCCAUGAUGAUAUCCAUGGGACUGAAGAAGCGGGCAAAGAAAUUCAUGAAAAGAGAAAAGGCUCGAAUGGAAAAGCGUCACCAAAAGCGUAGGAACGACCGAAGAAAGAACGGCAUUUCCAAGCGUACUGACAGUCACUCCGCCCGAAGCCAUGGAGGAAAUACCCGCCGGAACGGUUAGAGCGGCCGAGGCGGCUACGGAGGGCGAGGACACUACGGCUAGUCACUUAGAUCAUUGCUGCUUUACCAUAUGACGAAUAGGCCUGUUUUUUUUUUUAGUUACAACGAAUUUAGUAACCAUUGUCAGUAUGCCCGGAUGAUGAUGAACAGCCACAGGUGUAACUUCAAUGUCUAUUAAAUGAAAACAUUGUAGACAUGCACUAAAUGUUAAGAACUCCAUCCUGGGAUUUAUAAAAUAAAGUUAUACAUGUAUUCUUCAAGCAGAUGUUUAAUGAUCCGAAGACGCACUAAUUAUAGGGCAGGGACGAGAUAAUUACAUGUAGAAUCCAUAUCUUUUGUGUCUUGUAGGGGGUAGCUAUCUUGGAAGGAGUGCCUUUUGUGAUGUCCCUCUUAACAGGACAUAGGAGCGGGGACUAAGGCUACUUUUGUGGUUGGACGAGUUGGACGAGUUGGUACAUUGUGUUAGGAUCCACCCUUAGGCUCCAGUGUGAAUGUACUCAUUUCAAGGAGGUUCUAUAACCCCCCUUCUCAUUUCAAUCCAGACUUCUAUAUGGAUUGUGUGGUUUGAUUCUUGAACAGGUCCACGCAAAAGGUUGCAUUUACAGUAGUAACAUGUUGAAGUUGCUGACGUCACGUUCCCGGAUUCUCUGGGAGAAGGGCCUGCCCAACUUACAGAAGGUGACAGCUGCAGUACCUGUAGUUCUCGCAAGAUGUCAGCAUUCUCCGACAGGCCAUGGGUCAGGUCCAACCUCCUUGGGGAGUCUAGGUUCCCUGCCGAAGUUCGACCUGACCGCUCGGCUCCUGGACAUGCGGAACGGGCAGAAGGUUCAACCGACCUUCUCAAUGGAGGAACUCCAGCGGAGGCUGAGCGAGCUGCGUGCUCUCAUGCUCAGCAGUAAGAUAGAUGCAGCCCUCUUUACUUCACACCACAACAUCAACUACUACUGCGACUUCCUGCACACUUCAUUCGGCCGGACCUUCGGGCUGGUCGUCACCAUGGACAACGUGCUCUCCAUAUCCGCAGCCGUUGACGGCGGUCAGCCUUGGAGAAGGACGCAGAUCGGCGAGAACGUCGUCUACACGGACUGGGAGCGUGACAACUUCUACCACGCGGUCCAACUGGAGCUAGCGGGGCGAGGCCUCUUGACGCUCGGCGUUGAGUUCGACCACAUGACGCUAGAUGGCUUCACCAAGCUGAACCUCGCCGUGCCCGACAUGCAGAAAGUAGACAUAGGGAAGCCUGCCAUGCGCCUGCGCAUGAAGAAAUCCGAAGAGGAGAUUGCGCUCAUCAGAGAGGGCGCGCGUAUUGCCGACCUGGGCGGGUGGGCUGUGGUGGAGGCGCUAGAAGAAGGCGUGCCUGAGUACGAGCUGGCGAUGCACGCCUCCAACACCAUGAUACGGGAAAUUGCCAGGACCUACCCGCAUGGCGAACUCAUGAACACUUGGGCCUGGAUCCAGUCAGGGAUCAACACUGACGGAGGACACAACCCUCUGACGUCACGGCGCGUGCGCAGUGGAGACAUCCUGUCACUCAAUACCUUCGCAAUGAUUGCUGGGUACUACAUUGCCAUGGAGAGGAACGCAUUCCUGAACCACGCCUCCGACGCACAUCUCCGACUUUGGGAGAUCAACUGUAAAGUAUACCGGCGGGGCCUGGAGCUGAUCCGGCCGGGAGCGCGCUGCUGUGACAUCGCCACUGAGCUGAACGAGAUGUACCGGGAACGCGGGCUGCUGCAGUACCGCCCGAUCGGCUAUGGCCACUCCUUCGGCGUCAUGUGCACUUACUACGGCAGGGAAGCAGAUUUGGAGCUGCGAGAGGACGUCCAGACCGUUCUCGAGCCCGGGAUGGUCGUCUCCAUGGAGCCGAUGAUCAACAUUCCCGAGGGCAUGCCGGGAGCGGGCGGUUACCGGGAGCACGACAUCCUGGUGGUGACGGAGGACGGGGCGGAGAACAUUACAGGCUUCCCCGUUGGUCCGGAACACAACAUCAUCAAGAAGGCAUAGUCAUGCCCGUAUAAGGCAUUAGUAAGGUCGUCAAAAUAAUCGUUAUUAGAACAUCAGCCGGAUGUAAUCGAAUAAAGGAUGAGCUUGUUACAUUAAAAGACAUAAUUACCUGCUUGAAAAACAA